AAGAAACUCUGUAAUUCCACACAUCAAAUAAUUUCACCAUUAAUAUCCCUCCCACUUCUGCUUCUCUUCCACAUUCCACAUACAGAAAAGUCCAACAAGAAUAAUCUAUCUGUUGCCGUUGUGUCAGUUCAUUCUCCUUGGAUUUCUCUCUUUCUUCCGACAAUCUCUCUGUCUGUGUGUAAGAAAAGAAAGUCGUCGGGAGGAAGAAGAUGGAGCUCGUGCCAUAUUCAGAGGACGCAGAAGCGAAAUCCAGCUCCGAUAAUGUCGCAUGGCAAGACAUGUUCCGAUCUGCGUCAGUUCGCAAGCCUUCACCGGACCCAUCUCUCCCGCCUCCUCCUCAGUCCAACGUGCCACCCAAACCACCGCGGGCAACGCCGAAUUCCACCGAUUCAGAUCAGAACCCGGCCUUCUCCGGCGACCCGCAGUUACGCCUUGCUAUGUAUAUAGCCAUGGCUCAUGCUGGUUUGGCUUUUUCUAUAUUCAUUCUUUACAUGGUUGGCAAGCUGUUGCAAGAGUAUCUCCGGCCAAUUCAAUGGGCAAUCUUAUGUUCCAUUCCGUUGAGAGGUAUACAGGAUACCCUAGUUGGAUUUUGGAGUGAACCUUUGAAAUUAGGGCUUACCGAGACUGUACUUGCUAUUCCUGUUGCCGUUUUCAAGGUUUUUAUAGGUACACUUGGGGAUAUUAAGGAUGUUUUCUUGAGGGUUUUUCUGAAAAGAUCAAAAUCUAAUAGGCCAAGACGAAAUCGAAGUGGGUUUUCUAAGUUGCUUAGAUGGCUACUUUCAUUUGGGGUAUUUAUAAUUGCUUAUGAGAGAAUUGGGUUAAUUGGAUCCUUAGUGAUUCUUGUUUUGGGAUUUCUGUGCAGUACCAAAAAUGUAGAUUCGACAAUGUCUGCUGUGUCAUCUUUUAGGAGUAAUAGCUUUAGGCGGAUGCCGGUUAGUGCUUUUUUCACUAGAGGGCUAUUGAAGAGGUUGAACACCAUUGUUGCAGUUGGGUUGAUUGUGGGCAUGAUUCUGGGGUCUUUGGUUGGCAUGAUGUUUUUCUCUUAUAAGAUUGGAGUGGAGGGGAAGGAUGCCGUUUUCUCGCUGAAAUCACACGUUGAGAAAAGUAAUUAUGCAGAGAGAAUUGGUAUAAAGAAAUGGAUGGAAGAGAAUGAUGUGCCUGGAAUGGUAGAUAAGUAUACUACCCAGUUCUACGAGACAGUGUAUGAUCAGAUAGAUACAUUAGCGAUGCAAUAUAAUGUGACAGAAUUCGUGACUGGCAUUAAGCAUUUUGUGAUUGCUUCCCCUGCCGGUGCCUCACAGCAAUCUACAGCUUUGAUAAGUCCCUCUCCUUACACUCAGAAGCUGUUGAGCCUGAGAAAGAGGGUCAGUGACAGGGAAUGGGCACAGAUUUAUGCAGAAUUAGAUGCAAUUUUUAGGGAGUUGAUAAUCACCCGAGAGGAUUUACUCGAGAGGGCAAAAGCAUUUGCUGUCCAAGGCAUGGAUGUUUCACAGCGCAUUUUGGCUAGUAGUGCAUCAGUUUUAGGCCAUGGGACAAAAUUCAUGUUCUCUAUUGGGAACUCUAUUCUUUAUGGUGCUGCGGAGGUAAUGAACUUUUUGUCUCAGUCAAUGGUUUUCUUCUGGGUUCUAUAUUAUCUUAUCACAUCUGAGUCUGGUGGCGUAACGGAACAAGUUAUACGAAUGCUUCCAAUUUCACAACCGAUAAGGAUCAAAUGCGUUGAAGUUAUUGAUAAUGCUAUAUCAGGGGUUCUGCUUGCUACGGCAGAGAUUGCUUUUUUUCAGGGAUGUCUAACAUGGCUUUUGUUUAGAUUAUACAAGAUCCACUUUUUGUAUAUGUCGGCUUUACUUGCAUUCCUCAGUGCUCUGUUGCCAAUUUUUCCACCUUGGGUUGCAACAAUUCCUGCAGCCUUGCAACUUGUGCUGGAGAGUAGAUAUAUAAUGGCUAUAACCUUGUCUGUUAUUCAUCUUGUGCUUAUGGAUUAUGGUGCAUCCGAAAUUCAGGAGGAAUUACCUGGUUACACUUCAUAUCUCACUGGGCUUAGCAUCAUUGGUGGUAUGACAUUAUUUUCAUCUGCCCUAGAGGGAGCGAUUAUGGGCCCAUUGAUAACCACAGUUGUGAUUGCUCUCAAGGAUUUGUAUGCUGAAUUUGUUCUGGACGAACCGAAGAAAAACGACUAGCGAUAUCAGUUGAGAUUCUGUCAAUAUGUCUAUACACACUCUCAAUUCAUUUGUUUCGCAGCCGAGUGGACACUCCAUGUAUAUUAGCUUGUGCUGGUUCUGGCAACUGAGAAAAGAUAGUGCAUGGCUGCCAAAGUUUCAGGCCAUUCUUUACCCUGCUUCUCCUAGUCCUCUGCCCACAUGGUGUAUUUGUCCUAGUUUAGUUUAAAUCAGUGAUUAGUGUAUUGGGUUUCCUUCAUUGUAUUGAGUUUCUUUCUUGUUCAAAGCAAUAAGAAAUGUACUUUUCUAUAUCUCAUAGAUGUAAGAUUUGUGCAAAUGCCGAGUUUGAAAUAUGUAAAUGCAUGUUUUUCUUUUGGGUAAA